GACAACAGGUUGAACAAGUCCCACAUGACCCCACCCCAGCCAGGAAGCUACCUGCACAGCUGCUGGAGCCAAAAUCACCAUUGAGAGUCACGAUAUCCUCCACGCAGGCCCGACCAUGGGGGGCGGAGGGAUUUGGACGCUCGCGGUCACGUGCCUCCUGCUCAUGCAACACGCCGAGGUGCUGGGCUUCGGGAUUCUGCCCGGAGAGUCCCAGAACCACCUGGAGAUCACGGAGGAGGCGCUGCUGAACGUGACGGUGCAGACCUGCCGAGCCAUCUCUCAAGCCGAGGGCGCCGACUUCACGGCUCCGGCGUCUCCCUUCACCGCCAAGUCUGUCGCUGCGGCGUGCGGAGCCCCCAAGUCCAGCAAAAGCCUGAAGGAAGCCAUCACCCUCAUCCAGCUGAUGAACGUCCGCGUGGACAUCCGCUACGUGCUGAACGCCAGCUUCCACUUCGACGACGAGCACAUCAACGAGGGCAGGGCCAUCAUCACCAGCAACCUCCAGGCCGUCAAGGCCGCCAACAAGCAGGAGAACUACGAGGCGGCCAGGAAGGCUCUGGGCAUGCUCAUGCACUCGCUCCAGGACUUCUACAGUCACAGCAACUGGGUGGAGCUGAACUUCGCUUUCCCCAACCCCAACCUGAUCAGGUCGGACACCAGGGUGGGCAACAUCGCAGCUCUCACCAGAGCCACCUGCCGCAGCUGCGACAGAGACAACUGCACCAACAACAUUCUGGAGGACAUCAUCAGCGACAGGGUGCUGACCACGGGCUACUUCAGUCUGAACCCCCUGGCUGAGAAACCAGCAGGGAAGUGCAGCCACGGAGGAGCCGUGGAUCUGACCAGUUCCCAGGAGCCCACCGGUGGAAUCAACAAGGACUCUCUCACCGCCAGCCACGGCCACCUCCACACCAAAGCAGCCAGUCUGGCCACGGCAGCCACCAGCCAGAUGCUGGAGGACGUGCGCGCCGCCGCAGGAGACCAGCCCUUCCUCCAGAUGAUGGGGAUCACCAAGGGAUCCAGCCGAGGGCUCUGCAUCGUGAUCGACGUGACGGAGAGCAUGAGCGACGACAUCCAGGCGGUGAGGAAUGUGACGGCCUCCAUCAUCCACCAGGCCGGAGCCGCCAACGCGCCGGCGCUUUACCUCUUGGUGACGUUCAGUGAUCCAGAUGUUGGACCUCUGGUGAGGACCACGGACCCAAACGUCUUCAUGAGCAUCAUCAACUCGCUGUCGGUGUCCGGUGGGAGUGACGAUGCCGAGAAGAGCCUCUCCGGACUUCAGAUGGCUCUGAACGCUGCUCCCAAGAGCUCUGAAGUCUUCCUCUUCACCGACGCUCCGGCCAAGGACAGGAGCAUCAGCAGCACAGUCAUCGCUCUCAUCGAACGCCAGCAGACCGUGGUCAACUUCAUGGUCACUAACUCCACGGUGACCAACCAGAGGAGGCCAAGGGCGGUUUCCGACUCGGACCUGGAGGUGUACCAGCAGCUGUCCCAGGUCUCCGGAGGUCAAACGGUGGAGGUGCGGACCAGCGAGCUGCAGACAGCCGCCAACAUCAUCAUGGAGACGUCCAACUUGUCUCCGGUGACUCUCCUGCAGGUCAGCAGGAGCCCAGGAAGGACCCAGGAGUUCUCCUUCCAGGUGGAUGAAACGGUGAGCAACCUGAGGGUCUUCAUCACCGGACGCUCCGUGACGGUCACCGUCACCGACCCGUCAGGCUCCUCCCAGGUGAGCGGCAGCAGCGGCUCGGUCAUCUCCUCCUCUCAGACGGUGGGCAACUUCCAGAGUCUGAAGCUCAACGACGCUGCAGGGGCCUGGAAGAUAAAGAUGGAGUCCUCCAACCCCUACACCCUGAAGGUCCUAGGUCAGAGUGACCUGGACUUCCUGUUCGACUUCGUGCAGCCGUCGAGCGGCUCGUUCGGAGGCUUUGACGUCCUGGAGACUCGACCGCUGGCAGGCGUCAACGGCACCCUGCUGGUGUCUCUGACGGGGAGCGACGUGGCCACGCUGACCGAGGCCAGCCUGGUGGAGUCGUCCGGCUCCGCCACCGUCCCGGGCACGCUGGCGCUGCAGGACGACGGCAGCUACCUGGUGACGCUCGGCAGGAUCCCGCUGGAUCCCUUCGUGGUGAGGGUGACGGGCCGCGUGGACGGCGUGAGCACCAGAGCCUCCAAAGUCUUCCAGAGACAGUCGCCCACCAACGUCAGAGGCUCCAACCUGACCAUCACGGCCGAGGCGGACGCCAUCAUCGUCCCAGGAAGUCCCUUCACCGUGCCUUUCAUCGUGAUGAGUUCAGGGGCCGCAGGAAACGUCACCAUCCGAGCCUCCAACAGCCGCGGCUAUGACUCCACUUCUCCCAGCAGUUUGCUGCUGGACGGCGGCAGCAACAACGGCAGCGUGACUCUGUCGGUGCCCCUGAACACGCCGUCCGGCACCGACGUGACCCUGGUCAUCGAGGCCCAGUGGCCCAGCGGCGACGACGGCAACUACAUCACCAAGCAGUUCACCAUCGUCAACACGGUGACCGACUUCACGCCGCCGGUGUGUCAGCUCAUCAGUUUGCAGACCAACUGCUCCCUGAACGUCAGCGCCCCCCGCUGGGCCGUCUCUGUCCGCGUGUCUGACGGGGACGACGGCACCGGCGUGGAGCGGGUCAGCCUCCGUCAGGGGAACGGAACCCUGAGCACCCGACUGGACCCCGGCGACGGCAACGUCACGCUGGCCGACUACCAGGCGGCGUGCUCGGACGCCGAGGCCGAGCUGCUGCUGGUGGACCGGGUGGGCAACGUGGGCUCCUGCGCCCUCAACUCCAGAGACGGCGUCGCCGGGGCCAACUCUGGCUCCGCCCACUUGGCGUCGCCACUCGUCGGCGUGGUGAUGCUGGCGGGACUGGUGCUGCAGCUGCUGAGGGAGCUGGACCUCCAGUGACACAGCACAGUGAGUGGAUCAUGGCCAAAACUGUAGCUCCUGGAAUGACACACACGAUGCUGCCUUUAGCAGUCACUUUUAUUGCCACUGUCAAUCACUAACUUUAUCAGUCUAAUAAAACCAAUGUAAUCAAACCAGUCCAGAAUCACAGCGUGAACAAAGCGAUCGUUUCACAGAUGAUCCGUGGUUCAGUGUCAGGGAUCUGGAUGCUCACUAGAGUCCAGAUCAGUGGCCUCAAAUGGCUCCACACAUUCCCCACGCACUGAAGACGCCUGGCAGGGAGGGUCCGGGUCAGCGGUCCAACUCAGUCCAGUCUGGCUCGGGGGCUGGAGAACACACGACAGUCUUGUUCUGUUGCUGGUCAACUGUUUCCAGCCGCUCUGCCUCCUCCAUCUUCACCACAACGUUCCUCCAACUCUGUCCUCUCCAUGGCUCCAGUCACAUGACGCAGCCGACUCUCGGUGAAUGGAGUCAGACUUGAGUCAGACACGUACAAAAACACAGGUUUUAUUUUCCUCUCGUGGAGUCGGCGCUUUACAGAGCACACCUUCAGUUUCACCACUAUUUACAGUUUGACUCAGGGGAAAAAAACGUCCACAGUGUUGGAAGCGGAGCGAGUCGUCUCCCUGUCCUCGCCACUGGGGCCGACGACUUGGCUCUCCUUCCACUCGGCAGUGCCUUUGGGUCCAAGUCGCUGACACGCUCAGGCUGUGCCGUUGGUGUACUGAGAAAGUUUGUUCUCCAGGUCGCAGAUCCGCUUCUCCUGAGACAACACUGUGGCCUUCAGGUUGUGGAUCUCCUCCAGGAGCCGCUCCAGCAGCUGCGGCUGGACAAGAAGAAGAAGGGUGAGAAGGAGGAGGACGGAGA